GCAGAUUCCCAGAGAAUAUGAGUGUCUUUAUUUCGAAAUCAUCACAUAUAUUUAUGAAGAUUGAUGUGCCUUUGGUACUGUUUCUGACAUAACUCUCCGACUAGGAAUCCUCGUGAUUCUGGCUCUCAAUAGCAUGUCUGUAAACGUGAUAGAAAUAGACGAAAGGGUUGGGGAGAGAGGAAGGGAAAGGCUAAGGAUAAGAAUAAGGGAAAUGGAAAGGGAAAGUGAAGUGGAACGGCAAAGGGAAAGGCUAAGGGAAAGGAUGGAAAGAAGGACUCCGAGGUGGUCCGAAGACCCGCAACAUCAAAAACGAGAUUCCCGACUCAUAAGUGCCGUCAAGAAGAAUGCGAUAACUAUGGUGGCAGAGAUUUUAUCCGAUGUUGACACCACGAUCGAUGAUACAGACCAUCUUGGAAGAACAGCUCUUCACCACGCUGCCGAACUUGGCUUGCUUGACAUGGUUCGUGUAUUACUUGAGCAUGCUGACCCUAACAUACAAGAUGAAUUUGGAUGUACGCCGUUAUUUUAUGCAGUGAAAGUCAGCUCUAACGGAUCUGAUAUCACAGAGUUGCUUUUAGAAAAUUAUGCAAAGAUCGAUUUCCGUGAUCAUCGAGGCAAAACUGCACUCUAUACUGCGUUAGAAGAAGACAAGCCGGCGGCUGAAUGUUUGUUUAAAGAAGAUAAAGUGACUCUUCUUGAUGCAAUUCGUAUUUGCAGGAGGGUCGAUAGCAUCAAGGAACCCGCUAUGAGAAUAGUACUUGUCCUGCUGGAUCAUGGUGUCGACGUUAACGUUACGGAUGAAAAUGGCUGGAAUGCACUUCAUUUCGCCUGUAAGAAAGGCAAUUUGGCUAUUGUCGAGUUACUGAAACAUCACAAUUUCCUUUCUGUACAAAAAACAUGUGAUGGUCGAACUGCACUGCAUAUUGCAUCUCAGGAGGGCGAAAACGAAAUAGCUGGAUUCCUUCUAUCUCAUUUCAAGGUGGACCAGAAAAUUACAAACGAACGAAAUUGGACACCAUUACAUUUUGCUGCAAAACACGGUAAAAUAGAAGUUGCUAAGUGUCUAGUCAAGUGGCACGCCAGCUUGAUGGCUCUAACGAUGUCUGGGUAUAAUCCUGUACAAAUUGCUUGUAUGGAAGGGCAUGAUGAGUUGGCAUACUUUUUGCUGGAACGCAUGAAGCCAGAUCAGAUAUUUUCAGUACAAAAUACUGACAACCAUUCCAUACUUCGCAUUGCAUCACGUUACGGGUGCAUCAAGGUCGUGGAAAGGAUACUGGAUCAUUUGAAGAACCAAAAUAAUCUUCUUAAAACCUUAUCAGAGUUGGAUCAAGAUUGUUCGGUGGUAUACAACGCCAUUGAGUAUGGACAUGAGCACGUUGCUCUGUCUCUUCUGGAAUCUGGAGGAAAGAGCGACGGAAUCGAUGCUGCUGGAAGAAACGCAUUGCAUUGGGCUGCUCAGCAUGGCCUUAUCAAGGUAGUUGAACAUCUUGCUUCAUACGACAAAGAAUUCAAGAUCAAGCUUGGAAAGAUUAAUGCGUCUGGAAAUAGUCCACUGCAUUGUGCUGCAGAAGCUCGGCAGACACGUAUACUCUUGUGCUUUCUGAAGUGUCAGUAUGGCAUUGAAGCCCAACCUACGGAUAUGGACACCAAAAGUUGGACUGCGUUGCAUUGGGCAGCUUGGUAUGAUCGACUCGAUGUUGUGAAAUUGCUGGUCAUCAAUCGUGCGGAUGUCGAAGGAAAAGAUGCAUCAGGACUAAGAGCCGCUGAUAUUGUUAAAAAAACCAGCCCGCAUUUUGUUGAAAUGAUGGAGUGGCUAAACUUGCCAGAGCGGCAUCCUACACUGCGUUCAUCACCCGUCUUUUUGAGCAAUCCACUGUGCCUCGUCGGCGCCGAAGAUAUAUGCAAGAACACCAAAGCAUAUGUUAUGGCAGUGUUUCCCAAGGAUGUGAUAGUGAGGACUACAUUCUCUGUCUACAAUGUUCUGUACGAGUUUGGGCCAGAGAGGAUUAUAUCAGCUUCUGCAGACGUCUACCGCAUUAACGACGCUCUUGAAUUUAAAUGGAUACACCUGCCUUCUAACAACAAAGAGUGGCUGAAGGACCUAACCCAGGCAGUUUAUUAUGAUAUAGCUGGCAAUGAACUUAGAGCUUCAAGGAAAUCAUCCAAAGAAAGCCUAACAUCUUCUAGUCGGUCCUCGUCUAGCCGACCUCUACAGACGUCUCAUAAUAUGCAAGAAGAGGCUACCAAAGAGUGGAAAGCUCAUUCGCCGCACGUGCUAUCAUACACUAGCGAGCCCCGCGGUGUAACCUACCUCGAAGAGAGUAGGGAUGCACCCAAGGAGUAUUCCAAAGUGAAGGGAUUUGUCAAAGACUGUCUAUCACAAAAUGCCGGAUCAAAUAGUGCACGCUAUCUCCAGCCGUUCUUUAAAUCUUUACGUCCGUCGGAUAGUAUCUCCGAUCGCUCAUAUUACGAUAAAUCUUUCGGUUCCGGUUGGAAAGUUGGAAUAUCGAUACCGUACUUUUGCUUUUCCACAACGAAGCACCAAAGAGAGUUGCAGGAGGUCAUGACACUGUCGAAGAGUCAAACCACGGCGUUUACGGGAGAGAUUAGUUCCAAUCUUGGGACACCUUUCGAAAUUCGAAAACUUUGGGGAAAUCGAAUGAUAAGGUGUUACAGACUAGCGGGAGGUGAGUCUGUUCAUGUCCCAAUUACUUUGGAUCAGUAUUAUUAUCACUCUUUGAAAGACGUACAGGCGAGAAAUAUUGACCAAGUCUUAUUUCGGCAUCAAAAGCGAAUGGCUCCCACUGCUCUUGAAGAAUGUGACUAUCUUUUAUGCAUGGUUAAUCAACUAUGGGUCUAUGUAGUCGAUGAUGAAACAAUCAUCACGUCAUGUGGGACGCAAUGGGAUGACGAGUCAAACUUACAGAAAGCCAUCACUGAUCAUUUUAUAAACGAUAAGGAGACACGGCCACGUAUUUCCUCUUCUUUGGAAAUGAGUGUUCUCGUUGCAGCCCUGUGCGCAAGGAAGUCAAUUGACAGAGAAAUUAUCCUUGGGCAAGAUAAACAAAACUUACUACAUAUUUUUGCAUCUGCGAUUUCCUCAGCAGCAGAUAAAGAAGUACGCCUGUUCGAAAAAUUUAUGGAAAUUUUAGAUUUCGAAAGCCAUACCGAUCGAAAUUUAGUUUAUGAUAUCAGAAACGAAAUCAAUCUCCUCAAAGAAGUAAAAGACAUACAAGAUGAGCUAAAUAUCAUUAAAAAAGUACUCACACAUCAGAACCAGGUCUUGGUUGAUACAUUUAAAUUUCUUGAACGUCGGCGUUCACAAGAAAAUUCCGGAGAGGCCAAUCAUCUUUACGAUGUUAUAACGUACUAUCGAAAUUUGUGUGGUAUUGAAAUCGUGCUUGUAGAGGUGGAAAAACUUAUCUAUGAUGCCAAUGAAGUCCACAAAAAUAUUAAUCAUCUAUUGGAACUUCGACAGAAAGAUGCAAACAUUUCUGAGGCUAAGUGGACUCGUAAAGAGUCUGAAGAUACAGCGAAACAAGGCAAGACGAUUUUAGUAUUCACUAUCGUCACAAUUAUAUUUCUCCCAAUAACAUUUCUUACAUCGUUAUUCGCGCUGGACAUCUCCAGUUUCCCCCAUGAUGAGUCCGGGAAUCUUUCAUAUAGUCCUGGAUGGGCCUUUUCAAGAUUGCUUGGUAUCACCGUCGCAGUCUCUGUUCCAUUGAUUGGUCUAGCGUUCUUUGUGAGUGAAGCUACCGAGAUUUUCUCCCGCUUGCGAAAAGUUGCGAAAAGCGAAGUACCGAUACAAGAUAGGAACGGUUCUUCUGAUAGCUUAGGAAAUGAUAUAACAAGACAUGCAACGACGGUGGCGCCUGAAAAAUCUGAGGCAACCAGGUCUAGUCCUAGCAAAUGGCCUCGGAGGGGCUUAGGUGCAGUCAGAAGAGUACUUGCAGGAAAACGUGGUAACGAGGAAGUUCCUGUCAAUAUAAGCGAGGCAUAAGAUAAAUUGCACAGAACACACACGAAGUCAAACUCUCAAGGGGCAGAAUUUUAUGAUCAUGGCAAUUCGUAUAUGCACUCGCAACAGGGGGGUUAUUUGUUUAGUUUUUAGUUGAAGCGAGUUUCCUUUUUCCUGAAUAUUACACACUACGAUCUACAAUCACGCUCGAAAAUUAUUACACAACGAGAUCCCGUUAUCUAGACUAAAGUAAUCUUGGCAUAAACAUCCA